AAAUAAGUACCAACGAAACGAGCUCCCGUAGUCCGUUUUCCCUUCCUUAAAGUAAUCGCGUUUACCGACAUAACGUGGUUCAGUGCAAGAUCCUAUAAUUUUGAUUUCUGGAGCAAUUGCAACCUCAGAGUGUGUAAAUUUUUAACAUUCUUAACAUAGGAUGCCGCCCAAAAAAGCAGUCGAACCGGAACGGAAACCUCUCAUUGGAAGAGUUGGGACAAAUUUAAAAGUCGGAAUCGUCGGCGUCCCGAACGUUGGAAAGUCGACGUUUUUUAACGUAAUUACGAAAAGUGCGGCGGCAGCGGAAAAUUUUCCAUUUUGCACUAUCGACCCUAAUGAAAGUCGCGUUCCAGUUCCCGAUGACCGAUUCGAUUAUCUUUGCAACUAUUUCAAACCCGCAAGCAAGGUUCCGGCCUUUUUAAAUGUCGUCGAUAUAGCCGGAUUAGUAAAAGGGGCGUCGGAAGGACAAGGGUUGGGUAACGCUUUUCUAAGUCAUAUCAGUGCGUGUGACGCUAUUUUCCACCUCUGCCGAGCAUUUGAGGACACCGACGUUACCCAUGUGGAAGGCGAAGUUGAUCCCAUUCGAGAUUUGGAAAUUAUUGGCGAAGAACUUAGGCUUAAAGAUGAGGAACAGUUGAUGAAGCAUUUGGAAAAACUGGAGAGGACAGUCGUUCGUGGUAACGACAAAAAACAAAAACCAGAAUAUGACGCCUUAUGUAAAAUUAAGUCUAUUCUUGUCGAUCAAAAGCAACACAUUAGAUUCGCUGAUUGGACCGUCAAUGAUAUUGAUAUUUUAAACAAAUAUUUAUUCCUCACGUCCAAACCUGCGAUGUACCUAGUGAAUUUAUCCGAAAAAGAUUACAUAAAGAAAAAGAACAAGUGGUUAGUCAAGAUAAAGGAAUGGGUCGACAAAAAUGAUCCUGGUUCAGUUAUCAUUCCAUUUUCUGGUGCUUUUGAACAAAAAUAUGCCGAAAUUGAAGAUCCCAUCAUGAAACAACAAUUUUUGGAGGAAAACAAAACUUCUAGUGUUCUAGAUAAAAUAAUUCUGCAAGGUUACAAAUCCUUACAGUUGGAAUAUUUCUUCACCGCUGGCGCAGAUGAAGUUAAAGCGUGGAUAAUUCAGAAGGGUACAAAAGCACCUCAGGCUGCAGGACGGAUACACACCGAUUUUGAAAAGGGUUUCAUCAUGGCAGAAGUAAUGAAAUUUGUCGAUUUUAAAGAAGAGGGCUCCGAAACGGCCGUUAAAGCCGCCGGAAAGUACAGACAGCAAGGACGAAAUUACGUAGUGGAAGACGGGGACAUCAUAUUCUUUAAAUUUAACGCGGGCGCCGGUCUAAAAGACGCUAAGAAAAAAUGAUUAAGAAUUUUAAUUGUUGUCAUGGUUUACCUAUACGUUAAUAUGAUUUUUUUCUCGGAAAGUAUAAGCUGUUGACAACAAUAUAUACUUUGGUACUUGUCACUUUUUCUUACUUAACACCAUUUUAAUUUGGUUAUUAAGUAAGGCAUGCGCUAAAAAAAUCCAAAAUAUUUAAAUAUGUUGGCGAGUUAUUAGUUUAAUUCCUAAGGACCACCUGUACAAAAUACUCUCUUUUCAAUGUGCUACUCGAAUCCUUAAAAAAAUCAUAAUGAAGAUUUCUCAAGUGUUCUGCACUUAUGGAAUUACCUGCAAGCUAUCAACUUCAUUCUUGCUACCCGUGUGCUUUGGUUUGUUUAAAUUUUACAUAUGUGAUGAUGCUUUUGUAUGGUGUAAUAAAAAGUUUACCCCACAA